CUCAUAUUGGCGUGAGCAGUGAGCGGCUGGAUUACACUCCUCAGCGGCAGAGGCGGCAGCAGCAGGACAGGUCCAGAGGAGAGCGGACAUCAUUAGCGAUCACACACCAGCUUCUACAUCUGAAGCGUGUGCGAGUGGGACAGCCAUGGAGGACACCCUUACCUGCAGCAGCCAUGCCACCUUCUCCCAGGUGUUUGGACGCCAGGGGCAGCUGAUGCAAGCAACAGUCCAGUCCCUGAACAGCCUGAAUGACCAAAUUGCUCAAUUCAUGGUGACCAGACCGUGUAGUCUGACGGAUGAGGAUGUGGUCUUCAUCCCUGGAGAGAGGGACACCUUGAAGAAGUCCAUGACCCUGAUGAGACACCUGCUCAUGGACGCUCAGGGGAAAAUCCUUAAAAUGAUGGAGGACAACAAACAGCUGGCACAGAGGAUUGAUGGGGCCAUCCAGUCCGCCAGCCAGGAAGUGACCAACCUCCGCUCCGAGCUCUCCGCCACCAGCCGCAGACUGGCAGAGCUGGGUGCCAGCAGCCCCCCCGGCUUGGAGAACCACCACCAGCACAACCACCACGAUGACAGCCUCCACUACCGGGAUCCAUCAGUGCAUCACAGACAGAAGACGAUGGUGACAGACAUGUGCUACACGACAGAGAUAUCCAGCCUGAUGGACUUUGGCACUCCAGACUGCUCGUUGGGAAAAGUGUUGCUGCGUGAGGAGGUGGCCCAGCUUCAGGAGGAGGUCCACCUGCUCAGGCAGAUGAAGGACAUGCUGAGCAAGGACCUCGAGGAGUCACAAGGCGGCUGCUCUGCAAACCUGCUCUCAGCCACCGAGCUCCGUGUGCAGCUGGGGGACAAAGAGCAGGAGCUGGACCGUGCCAAAGAGGCCUUACAAGCUAUGAAAGCAGACCGUAAGCGUCUAAAAGUGGAGAAAGCUGACCUGGUGAGUCAGAUGCAGCAGCUGUACACGACACUGGAGAGCAGAGAGGAGCAGCUGCGAGAGUUCAUACGUAACUACGAUCAACACAGAAAGGAGAGUGAGGACGCGGUGAAAGCUCUGGCGAAAGAGAAGGACAUGCUGGAGAGGGAGAAGUGGGACCUGAGGAGGCAGACCAAAGAAGCCACGGAGCAGGCCAACAUCCUCCGCUCUCAGAUGGACAUGAAGGAGAACCGGGUCAAAGAGCUGGAGGCUGAGCUCACCAUGGCGAAGCAGUCUCUGGCCACACUGACUAAAGAUGUACCGAAGCGCCACUCUCUCGCCAUGCCUACAGAGCCCGUGGUGAACGGCAGUCAGGAGUGGGUGAUGCAGGCCGACCUUCCACUAACCGCCGCCAUCCGUCAGAGCCAACAAACCCUGUACCACACUACAGACAGACAGGCCGUGGUAAGGAUCAGCCCCAGCCACUCCCGACAACCCUCUGUCAUCUCAGACGCCUCAGCCGCUGAUGGAGACCGUUCAUCCACGCCAAGCGACAUCAACUCACCUCGUCACCGGACCCACUCCCUCUGCAAUUCCAUGGAGGAUCUGGAGGACCAGAAGCGUAAGAAGAAGAAGGAGAAGAUGACUCUGGGAUCUCUGUCUCGGGUGUUCGCUCGGGGCAAGCAGCGCAAAUCACUGGACCCCGGCCUGUUUGAUGACUCUGACAGCACACAGCAGAGCCUGUCUGACGGAGAGGAGCAGCUGGACCGCCUCCAGCAGGCCGAGCUCACUCGAAACACGUGCAUGUCACUGUGGAGGGCAGGUGCAGUCCAGGCCUGGCUGGAGGUUGUCAUGGGGAUGCCCAUGUACAUGCGAGCCUGCUCUGAAAACGUCAAAAGUGGAAAGGUGCUGCUUGGGCUAACUGAUGAGGACUUGGAGCUGGGUCUGGGUAUCAGUAACCCCAUUCAUCGCAGGAAACUGAGACUGGCUAUUGAAGACUACAGGAGAGCUGAAGGAGACCAAGGACUUUCAAAAGCGUCUGAAAUGGACCAUUACUGGGUUGCAACAUCCUGGCUGAGUGAUGUUGGGUUACCUCAGUAUUCACAGACCUUCCAGACCCAUUUAGUAGAUGGACGAGUGCUGAACUCUCUGAGCCGCAGAGACCUUGAGAGAUUCCUCAACAUUGGUGACCAGAACCACCAAACCAGUUUACUCCUUGCAAUCCAGCUGCUGCAGAUGCUCAGUUUUGAUAAAGAGGCGCUGCAGGCACGGCGGCUAAAUUGUGAGAACCAAGACCUGGACCCCAUUGUUUGGACAUGUCACAGAGUAAUGAAGUGGGUCAGAGACAUAGACUUGAAGGAGUAUGCAGAUAAUCUUCAAGGCAGAGGGAUUCAUGGAGCGGUGUUGGCUCUGGACCCAUCCUUUGACACAGAUGCCAUGGCCAAAGCCCUGGGGAUCCCCAGCAACAAACACAUGCUUCACCGUCACCUGUAUGAAGAGAUGAAAUCACUCGCCAUCAUUAACAGCAAUUCAGAGCAAUGUGUUGAGGUCAACAGCUCCUCUUCACCUGUGGCCAUGAACCGCUUUACAGAGGAGAGGCUGUCUAUGAGAGUAACCAACAAGAGUCCGCUGCGGUUACGUGCCAACAGUCACUCUGCAGAGCGAGGUCUGGGCUUUCACGGCAGCUGCGGCUCUCUGCCCAGAGAGGCCCGGGUUCAGGCCAUCCCCCGGGCCAAAGGCAGCCCUGUGCACACCUACAAGAGUGUUGAAAUCACCAACGUCUGAAACAGCCCCAGCCAUCAUUCACAUUUUACAGUUGUUUACAUUGUUAUUGUAUUAUUGCUGUUUAACACUGAGGAUAUGUUGUUAUAGGGGUGUACCACUCAGUGGAACAAUUCAGAUGUAUUAUUAGCCUACCAAUGUAAAAAAAAAAUCUGAACAUAGAUCAAGUCAGAGAGCGUUUCAUGAACACGGUCCAUGUAGAUGUAAUUAGAUAAAAUCUAAAAUGAGUUUUACAUUGAAAGAUUAUAAAAGAACCGAACACAGUCGUUUCCUUUUGAUGCCUUAUAUAGAAGUAGCUCUCACUGCACUAUUGUUUUAUUAUUGCUUUUAUUUUGAACUAUUUCUAACCUGUUAGUCAAUGUAAAUCAUUGCUGCACAUGAGAACAUGGAUGAUUAUGCUUGUGGAGUUGGUAAAAAUGUUAUGACAUGCAUUAACUAGACCUGAAAUUCUGUUUACUGCAGUUUUACAUAAAAGGAUACAGUUUUGUUAUUCUAGGUAAUAGUGUAAACAUAAUUGACAUAAAACUCUGUGUUCAACUUCAUUUUAGGGUAAAAAAUAAACUCAUGGGAAAGCUCAAGAAAGACAGUUUGAGCUUUUAUUACACUGUGUAUUCCAGCACAUGACAGUCUUUAACACUGUCUUCUGAAAACUGUUUAAAAAUCCUCUUCUAAUUAGUGUUAUGUAAUCUAUAUAUUAAAGAACAACUUUAUAUUUCAAUUUAAUGUAACUGUUGAUGAAAAUUUUUGAUUGCAACUAAUACUGUGUAGCUAAAAAAAUUCUCAAUGUUGCUAUUGAAAAUGCUAACCUGUAAAAUUUAAGCAAACAGCUUGCACAUGUUUAUACUGUAUAAGCACUGAAAAAGGGACAAUACUUUUGCUUUAUUAUAAAUUCAGUGGAGAGAAUGUACUGGUAUAUUUUGUACAGUUUAGUGUUUUAUAACAAACCGAUUUUAAAAGUCAGCUGUUCCUGAGCAUGAAAAGUGUGACGUGUCACAGGGCCCUGCUGUGUGCAGUUGAAGGCCUGAGGUUAAUCCAAACAUGAGAGAACAGGUUAGUCUGCUUCUUCUCUGGGCGUUUCCUCCAGUCACCAAAGGCAAGGCUGUUUCAGCGGGAAGACUGGACCAGUUCAAACCUGUAUGGAAGCCAAGGGAAAGGACUUGAGUACUGUUUCUGUUAAAAUGACAUUAACUGUCUUUCUCUUUUUGCCCAACUGUCACAGCUUUUCAUGUAUCGUGACAUUAAAGGU